CGUGUUUGCUUCGCUUUUUUGUUAUUAUGGAACCGCCAUUAUUAUCAUCGGUGCUCUUAAGUUUCGGCCUUUUCUUUACAGUGUUUCCAUAUUUUGUUGAAUCACAAUCAUCUAACAGAAGUCCGCCACCUCCUCCUCCUCCUCCUAUUACACCACCGCCACCGCCACUGCCCCCACCCCCACCAAUUCCUCCUCCUCCUCCAUCUUCGCCGCCACCCCCGCCUUCUCCGCCACCACCGCCGGCGGCAGAGCAUCACCAGAAACGAAGCAAUCAUCAUUGGUGGCGGCGGCCACCACAACAUUCACAUAAUCACAAGGUCAAUACGGGGCAAAAGCUUGGGCUUUUGUUCAUCGGCAUUGCUAUCAUCUUGCAGUUUGGUGUUGCUGGGUUCUUGGUUUUGAAGAGAAGGCAGCUGUUGAAAGUCAAUGGCAAGUACGAGACUUGUUCUUCUUCUUCAUGAAAUAUCCGCUAAGAUUUUGGGUUACAUUGGCAAUUUGAUUCAUUUUUAGGGAGUUCUUUUAUUGGUUUGAAAAAGAAAAAAGAAAUCAUCCGAUGAGCUGAGAAAGGGAUCACGAAUAUUGCAGAUAUGGGUCCUUGCUGAGAUCUUCUGUAAAUGGGUAGUUCUUUUAUUUACCAUUUUUGCUUGUUUAAAUUUUGUUGCUGUUUUGUCUGUUAAUUCUU